GCUGCACGGAGCACGGCAGCUCUUCAGCACCCAGCAGCACGGAAUGCAUGGAAUCUAUCCCCUUGUCAUAGACCAAAAGCCCAAGUACCAGGGGUGAUAGAAGAUUUGAGAGGAAACAGAUUGAGGAAAUAUAAACAGAAAGAGGAAACGUUGCAGAAAGAGGGAGAAGACAAGGAGAGGAUCACCAAUUGAGCAUUUGCCACAGGGGUUUGGUGUUGUCUUCUUGCCUUCUUUGAGUAUCCCGUUUCCUCGUCCUCUCCUCUCCAUCCUGUGCAGGCAAGGUCAUGUGGAGGCUGAGGAGACCAGUGCUCUCUUUGUGCAUGCUUCUUGUUUUGCUUGGUGGCGUGGAGACGGUUGUGCCCCUGGAGGUCUUCUACCCAUUUGGCCAGGAUGAAGGUGACUCCCAGACCAUCAAACAGGAUGAUGGAGGCUCAGGAUUGGUAGCCAUAUCGGUGGCUUUCCCUUUCUUUGGAGAACAGCACACAGGACUCUAUGUCAACAAUAAUGGUCUGGUGUCAUUCCUGAGGGAGGUGUCCCAGUUCACUCCUGUGGCAUUCCCAAUUGCUGGAGACCGCAGGGUGGUGGCUCCAUUCUGGGCAGAUGUAGACAACCGACGGGCAGGAAAAGUAUUUUAUAGGGAGAGCAAAGAUCCUGCUAUCCUGAAGAGAGCCACUGCAGACAUUUGCCAUUACUUUCCAGAGUUCCCUACAUUUGUCACCACAUGGGUGCUGAUUGCUACCUGGUACCAAGUCACAUUUUUUGGUGGCAGCUCAAUAACUCCGGUGAAUACAUUCCAAGUAGUGCUUAUCACAGAUGGUGAGCUCUCCUUCACCAUUUUCCAGUACAACAAUAUUACCUGGACAACAGGGAUGCAUACUACCAGUGGUGGCGAUCUAGCAGGCCUGGGAGGCAUAGCUGCACAGGCAGGUUUUAAUGCCGGUGAUGGGAGGCGCUAUUUCAACAUCCCAGGUUCUCGAACAGAUGAUAUUGUAGAAGUUGAGACCACAACGAAUGUGGGCUAUCCUGGCCGUUGGGUGUUUCGUAUUGAUGAUGCUCAAGUGCAAAUGGGCAGCUGCAAUUACUCAGCCUCUGUCUGCCCUAACUUGAGGCCUUGUCUAAAUGGCGGCCACUGCAUUGACGACUGCAUCACUGGCAAUCCCUCUUUCACUUGCUCAUGUCUGGCUGGCUUCACUGGACGCAGGUGCCAGAUAGAGGUUGAUGAGUGCUCCUCAUAUCCUUGUCAGAAUGGAGGCACAUGUGUGGACAUGAUCAACUUCUUCAUCUGUCUAUGUCCAGUGGGAUUCACAGGGACAACAUGUGAGACAGACAUAGACGAGUGCCAAGAAUCGCCAUGCCUCAAUGGAGCACAGUGCAUACAGGGUGUGGGCAACUUCACCUGUGAAUGCCAGGCAGGUUACGCAGGACUCCUCUGCGAGUCAGACAUGAAUGAAUGUGCAUCCAUGCCAUGUUUGAAUGGAGGUGUGUGUGAAGACCUGGUAAAUAACUACACCUGCACAUGUACAGCAAACUUCACUGGAAUUCACUGUGAAACAGAAUGGGUUGUCAUGGAAAACUCCUCUACUACUGAUGCUGCAAAUCAGACAGCUCCCUGUGAUGGGGAGGGUUGUGAAAUGCGUCAAAUCUGCGAGUACAUUAGCCCUGGAAACUACAACUGCACCUGCAUCCCUGGCUACUAUGGAGACGAUUGUGAAGAAGAGUGUCCCUGUCAGAACGGAGGUGUUUGUGUUGAUGUCAAUGGCACCUGCGAAUGUCCGACAGGCUUUACUGGACUCUACUGUCAGUUUGAGGUAACACAAACACCCUGUAGUAACAGCAGACCAUGUCCUGAUGGAGGCCCAUGUUUAGAAUAUGGUGGCACGUACCUCUGCACCUGCCAAACCGGUGCUGACUUUGACCACAAGGACUUCUACCCAUAUGUACAGCCCCGAUCGGCCUGCGAUUCCUCACCAUGUCAGAAUGGAGGGUAUUGCUAUGAGCGAGACGGAGGCUACAUCUGUGAGUGCAAGCACGGCUUCAAAGGCAAGCAUUGUGAAAGAGUCAGAUUAAGUAUCUGUGCCUCUAGCCCCUGUCGUAAUGGAGGCUCUUGUAAAGAAGAAGCUAACAGCUACCAGUGCGAGUGUCCCUACCGCUUUACAGGGAAACACUGCGAAGUGGGAAAGCCCGAUCCUUGUGCUUCAAGUCCCUGUCUGAAUAGGGGAACUUGUUUCCACUACAUUGGUAAAUACAAAUGUGAGUGCUCCCCAUCCUUCAUAGGAAGACACUGCGAGAUCAACAAAGGAUCCAAUCCAGCUUUGAAAGACCUGGACUGUGGUCUUCCUGUUAAAGUCAAGCAUGCAGAGGUGCAAUAUUCCACCACUACUCUAGGAUCCAUGGCUCUGUAUGCAUGCCACACAGGCUACACUCCCCUCCCCAGGGCCACCCAGAGCAUUUGCAGCAUCCAGGGGUCCUGGAGCCAGCCUCCUGUCUGUGAAGAGAUAAACGAGUGUUUGUCUCAGCCAUGUAUGAAUGGGGGAACCUGUCGUGACAGGGUUGCCUUCUACCUGUGUGAGUGCGAGGACGGAUUUACCGGCCAGCACUGUCAAACAGAUAUUGAUGAAUGUCUUUCUGAGCCAUGUAAGCAUGGAGGAACGUGUGAGGAUCAGCCUGGCUCUUACUUCUGCCACUGCCAGCAGGGGUAUGCUGGACAGGACUGUGAGAUAGAACAGGAUGGAUGCGAGCCAAAUCCCUGUUUGAAUGGAGGUGUUUGUCGAGGUUACAGGAGGAACCACUUGUGUGUGUGUAAAGAGGGAUAUGUUGGAGAGCGCUGCCAGACAUUGGAGAACCCAUGUGUACUCCAGCCAUGUGGGAACCGAGGCAUCUGUCGAAGUGAUAGGAGGGGGAACUACAGCUGUGCCUGCAGGGUGGGUCACACCGGGAGAGACUGUGAGAGAGACCUGUUGCCUCCCUCUGGCCUGUAUGUGUUGCGGAUAGAAGAAAAUGAAGUUGAGUUACGAUGGGACCAAUCAGAUGCCACUCAGAAUUUGAUCAGCGGGUUUGCUGUUGCCUUUGCUCCCAUUGGUCAUGAACCAAGGAAGACAGACUUCCUGGAAAAGCAGCACUCUACCUACGUGCUACAGGGACUGAGCCCUGGACAACUUUACAACAUCUCUACCUUCUCUUUCAAACGCAAUACCAACAGCGAUGACAUAAGCCAGCCCGCUUUUGCUCUAAUCCGCACAAGGCCACAUAAGGUGGAACAGCUGGAGGUAGUGAAUGUGUCAUCCUCUCAGGUAUGGCUGCGGUGGCUGGUGCAGGUUGGCAGUCCAGCUGCAUUCAGUCAGGUCAGAGUGUCCCUCUUGCCUGCAGAUGGAAAUGGACCUCGCACAGCCACACUAAACAGCAGUGUCUCAGAGUACACCUUCAGCACAUUACUCCCAGGUCAGAUGUACACAGUAGAUGUGGUUACACAGAGUGGAUUGCGUCCUGAAGACUUGCCAUCAACCAGCAAAUCUGCAGGUCCACUCCACUUCUGGACCAGACCCCUGCCCCCUCAGAACCUUUCAGUUGCCCAAAUCACCACCACUUCUGCACGGGUGGCCUGGGACCGUCAUCCUCGGAGCCUUCCAGAUGGUUUUGUGGUCAAUGUUACUCGAGGCCUCAGCACCCGUAGCCGCUACCUUCCCGAUGGAAGUUUAGGGACUUAUACCCUACGGGACCUUGUUCCAGGACAGCAUUACCGGCUAGCGCUGACUGCUGUUUGCAAAACCGGCCAGGACCACAUUCACAGUGUCCCUCAACACCUAGCUUUCACCACCCUACCUUUUGUAAAGAAUCAAAGUAGAGGAGACAGACCUAAGGGAGGACGAGACUACCAAGUGGGGCAGACCUUGACAAAAGAUGGGGGCACUGUUGAUAACACAGAACUCUUAGAAGAGUCAGUAAGAUAUACAGAGCUUAUUGAUGGUAGGGGGAGGAUUACAGCCAGAUUUACCAACCUUCCACAUAAUACCAUCAGACAUCGCACAAAGCCUGAACUUCCAAUCAAAUUGGAAAAGAUGGAAGAAACCACCAAUAAAAUUAGUCUAGCUCUGGAAAUUGCUGAAGAAGUGACAAAGAAUAAAUCUGAGUCAUCCCAAGACUGCAGAACUAAGCCCUGCCAGAAUGGUGGGACUUGUGUGCAGAACAACGACUCAUUGAGCUGCAGCUGUGCCUCUGGUUUCAAGGGCAGACGGUGUGAGAUAUAUUGCCAGCGAGUGCCUCACCCAUGUACUCGCCUUUUCUCUGAAACAAAGAGUGUGCCUGUAUGGGAGGAUGGUGUCUGCCAUUAUUUGUACAAAAGGACAUAUAAAGUUCAGCAGGAUGUUUGUUUCAGAGAGAUCUGUGAGCCUUUGCUGCCUAAGAAAACUGCAAAUAGAAGAACUCAAAGACUACAGUAAUCGUCCAGGCUGAAUCGAUGAAGACUUUGGGCAGUAAUGGCUUCUCUCAGUCUUAACUCUAAUGAGGAUGCAUUCCCAUCAUUAUUGACCCUUUUUUGCAUCACUGGUGACUACACUGUCUUAUGUAAAUUUUUAAAGCUCCAGUUCUACAAUAUGGUUAAGCAAUUUAGCUGCAUCAAAUAGCAUACCUCAAAUGUAAAUAUUUUGAGAUAUUGACAAGUAGUGGCCGUCAAGUCCCUCAGGGAAUUUUUCAGAAAUGUGCCUUUUUUUUAUUUUGCCUGUUCUAUCUCCAAAACCUACAAGUUCUCUUCAUUCAACCAUCUGAACUGAUUAAGGUCUUUUCCUCUCCUACACAACAAGAGCACACCUAAAUACUGGAAAAAACAUGGCCACUCCAUUGUUUCUCUUUGUGCAAAGCAAACAUCUCUGCUAGCUACUGUGUAAAUAGUGUUUAUAGUCUGUUUUUUUAUUUUAUAUUUUAAUAAA